AUGACGUCGACAGAUGCCACGUACGAUAACUACCAUUACCAGCAAGACCAAACUGACGAUAUAACAGUAAACUGUGCCGCGGUCGCAACCCGACAAACAACAAAAAGUUCAAACGAAAUUAGAGAUUUAAAAACUGCAAUAGGGGAUUUGCGAACGCAGCUACGCACGCUGCAGCGACCAGAAGUUAUCUUUAAGCUCAAGAGAGACCGGGCUGGGCGUGAAACACGAAGUCAACAAGAGGACGAGCGUAAGAAAAUGGUUGGCCCUGCCCCAGAUAAAAAAAUUUCUACUUCAAACUUCUUCUCUGUUUAUGAUGAGCUCUGUAGAAAGAGAAAGAUGAUGCCACUUCGUAAUGUUAAGGAACAUGCCUGGAGAAAGAGCAUUGAUUUUUAUACUGAUCGAAUAAAGUGUGAUGAAUGGAUUCCUAUUAUAGAGGCAAUUGCCACUGACCGGUCAUUGCAUUAUGUUGCUAUAAGAAGUCGUUAUGAGAAAAAGGGAGAUAUAGAAGAGUUUAAUACACGAGAGAGAGCCAGUAAAGCAACUGGGAGGCCAGCUAUACAAACAAAGUUUGUGAUGGAUCUUCUUCUCAGAGCUCUUCAUAACUGUAUUUCCAGAUCUACACAUCUGACAUGUCUAGUACUGGAAGGUCUUGCUCUGACAGAAGAAUACUUAUCUUUGUUGUGUGCUGGCAUUUCGAAGUGCUGCUCCCUGCAAAACAUUUCAUUUCAUCGAUGUUGCUUAGGUGAUGCUGGCUGUGAAAUGAUAUGCAACACUAUUAAGAACUCACCUAACAUACGGACAAUAGGAAUGUCUGGAUGCAAUAUAAGUGAAAAAGGAGCAUAUCACCUGUACCUCUUACUAAAGGAAAAUCAUAUAUUUGAACAUUGGAUGCUUGAGUACAAUGAAAAUUAUAAUGAGCAUCAGCAGAUGGAAAGGUAUAAUGAAUCUUGGGUACAGUCACUACGCUAUCGAGCAAUUGAUGGUGCCAUGCUGGGAGGUGUGAGGCGCAUAACAUUGAAUGACAACAAAGAAUUGGGAGAUGCAGGAAUUGCUCAUUUUAUUGAGAUCCUGAAGGAUGAUUUUUGGCUGAAAGCCAUAGAUCUUCAGAAUUGUGGAAUAACUGACCACGGUGCAUUUAGCAUACUUCAGAUGUUGGAAAUCAAUAAUGUAUUACUUGUGGUGGACAUAAGAAACAAUCGUUACAUCAGCAGUUACAUUGAAAAUGAGAUAAUGAAAACACUGGCGAGAAACAACAUGCAGAAUUUAGAUGAAUCAAAGGAGGUAGGAAAAAGAAAUUGUAUAACAAUUGCAAUUCUGUAG